AUGUCAGGACAUCACCGCAUCACCCUCGCCGCCAACCCCCCCUACUUCGAUGGCGACAAGUCCAAGUACCUGGGCUUUGUGGAUGCGUGCACCACUUACAUCGGUGCCUAUCGGUCAGAGUUCUCGCUGGACGAGACGAAAAUCCUCUUCGUCCUGUCCUACCUCCGCAAUGAGAGCGGCACAAGUUGCGCCGCCUCAAGAUGGGCGAUGAACUGGAAGCAGCACAAUUUCGAGGGCUUCCAGGGACUAAAGGCGGGAGUCACCGCGACAAGCUUCUUGGAGGAGCUUCAGAGGGCCUUUGGGGAUUCUAACGCAGAGCAAGUCGCUGCCGCCCGACUCAUGGCCCUUCGCCAGGGCAGACGGUCCUUUGCGGACUACAUCUCCGACUUCGAAAUGCUGGCUGCAGACGCGGGGUACAACGUGGUCACCUCCACCGACAGCAAGGGCGAGUACAAGAAGGGGGAACAGGACAAUAUCCUCAUCGAGUUCCUGGAGCGCGGACUCAGCAGCGAAAUUGCAAGCCGCCUCUACAACACUGGCGUCCCCCUGCCCAAGGCAUAUGGUGCCUUCAAGAAUUGGUGUGUCAACAUCGAGGCGAACGCUCUACGCGAUCAGCUGCGCAAAGCAUCGCAUGCGCAAUCCGCACCACGACCGCCUCCCCAAUUCCGCCCACAGGUAGCCCCAAUAACACCUGCACCCGCCCCGGCCCGACCCGCUGCCAACGAACCAGUUCCGAUGGAAAUCGAUCGCACCCACGCCCGCGGCCGCAAUAUCAUCUGCUACAACUGUCAGCAGCCUGGGCACAUUGCGCGGAGCUGUCCGGAGCCAAGGAAGAAGCGCACAUUCUUCAAUCGGGCCACGAUGCUGGAGGAAAUCGAGAACGGGGACAAGGACAACGAGUUCCUCAAGGAGAUUGCUGAGAAGCUGCGCGAGAAGGGUUUUUGA